UGCAGCAGAGGAAAAAAAAAACCCUCGCUGCAUCGAAGAAGAAGAAGAAGAAGAAAGAAGAGAUCUCGGGCGCGAUGCCUCCGAUCUGAGCCUGAUCUGAUCGAGCUGGGUGCGAUGCGUCUGAUGCUCUGCGCACUGCUGAAAGUCUCUUCUACUGAGCUCUGACAAAGUGAGGAUCUUUCAAAUUCGAGAUCAACUGUCUCAGCGCUGUCUGGCUACACCCAACCAAUGGAAUUAGACAUCAUUACUUAAUCAUUAGUUUUCCGGCAGCUGACUUCCAGCGCUCAUAAACUGCCUUAAGUCUGGGAAGAGAAGAUCAGACAGAAAGAGAAUAGGUCGCUUACAUUCGGAGCACCUGGUGGAAUAAAAGCUCAAGAGAGUUGAAUUAAAAGACUUUUAGUGCCGGCCGUCCUCGUGCCAAGAUGGAUGAGACACAUAACAACAGGACUUCCUUGGUUAAAGGUGCCAAGGACAUCGCUAAAGAAGCCAAGAGGCAUGCUUCCAAAAACUUCAGCAAAGCUGCUGAUCGUGCCUCGGAUGAAUACUCGACUCAUCGCAGCUACAACCGUUUCCAGAACGAGGACGAAGAAGAGAAUAACUACAACAAUUACGCCCAGCAAGACGGCCACUACGCCGACAACGCAGCCAACGACGAGGACGGAGCCUCGAGCGAUGCCACGGAGGGCCACGACGACGAAGAUGAGAUCUAUGAGGGGGAGUACCAAGGCGUGCCUGCCUUCAACGACGGGAAGACGCGGGAUGGUCAGGUAGCGCUGGGCCAGCCGGUUUCUAUGAGCCUAAAGAGCCGCAAGGAGCUGGAGAACGAGAAACAGGCAGACGAGGAGGAGCUCGCCCAGCAGUACGAGCUCAUCAUGCAGGAGUGCGGCCACGGGAGAUUCCAGUGGCAGCUGUUCUUUGUGCUCGGGCUGGCGCUCAUGUCGGACGGCGUGGAGGUGUUCGUGGUGGGCUUCGUCCUACCCAGUGCCGAGACAGACAUGUGCGUCCCCAACUCUGGUGCCGGAUGGCUUGGCAGCAUCGUGUAUCUGGGGAUGAUGUUCGGAGCCUUUUUUUGGGGCGGCCUGUCAGACAAGCUGGGCCGUAAACAGUGCCUGCUCAUAUCAAUGUCUGUCAACGGCUUCUUCGCCUUCCUCUCCUCCUUCGUCCAAGGCUACAGCAUGUUCCUCCUGUGCCGCAUGGUGUCUGGCUUUGGGAUUGGUGGAGCAGUACCAAUAGUAUUCUCGUACUUUGCGGAGGUGUUGGCUCGGGAGAAGAGAGGAGAGCAUCUGAGCUGGCUGUGCAUGUUCUGGAUGAUUGGAGGAAUUUACGCCUCGGCCAUGGCCUGGGCCAUCAUCCCACACUACGGUUGGAGUUUCAGCAUGGGCUCGGCUUACCAGUUCCACAGCUGGAGAGUGUUCGUGGUGGUGUGCGCGCUGCCGUGCGUCUCUGCAGUCGUAGCUCUCACUUUUAUGCCUGAGAGCCCUCGCUUCUUCCUGGAGAUGGGUAAACACGACGAGGCCUGGAUGGUGCUCAAACACAUCCAUGACACCAACAUGCGCGCCCGUGGAGAGCCCGAGAGAGUCUUCACCGUGAACAGGAUAAAGAUCCCCAAACAGCUGGACGAGCUGGUGGAGAUGCCGAAUGAGUCGGCCAACCCCGUGGUCAAGGUCCUCUUCAAGAUCAAGGCCGAGCUCAGAGGAAUCUGGUUGACUUUUAUGAGAUGCUUCAACUACCCAGUCAAAGACAACACAAUAAAACUGGCCGUAGUCUGGUUCACUCUGUCUUUUGGGUUCUACGGGCUCUCCGUGUGGUUCCCAGAUGUCAUCAAGCACCUUCAGGCCGACGAGUACGCGUCCAGAGUGAAGAUUCACAACAACGAACGCAUCGAGGACUUCACCUUCAACUUCACCCUGGAGAACCAGAUCCACAGAAACGGACUCUUUCUAAACGACAGGUUUAUCAGCAUGAAGUUCAAGGCAGUCACCUUCUUCGACUCGUCAUUCGUCAACUGCUACUUUGAAGAUGUCACCUCGGUCGGCUCCUUCUUCAGAAACUGCACCUUUGUAGACUCCUUCUUUUACAACACGGAUAUCGACGACGUCAAACUGACAAACUCGAGGGUGAUCAACAGCUCCUUCCACCACAACAAGACCGGCUGUCAGAUGACGUUCGACGACGAUUACAGCGCCUACUGGGUCUACUUUGUCAACUUCCUGGGAACGCUGGCUGUGCUGCCUGGAAACAUCGUCUCCGCCCUCCUCAUGGACAAAAUAGGACGUCUCAGCAUGUUAGGAGGCUCCAUGGUGCUGUCGGGCAUCAGCUGCUUCUUCCUUUGGUUCGGCACCAGCGAGUCGAUGAUGAUCUUCAUGCUCUGUCUCUACAACGGCCUCAGUAUCUCCGCCUGGAACUCUCUGGAUGUGGUCACCACCGAGCUGUACCCGACAGACAGGAGGGGCACGGGCUUUGGCUUCUGUAACGCCAUGUGCAAGCUGGCAGCGGUGCUGGGCAACCUGAUCUUUGGCUCGCUGGUUGGCAUCACCAAGGCUAUCCCCAUCCUGCUGGCGUCGUCCGUGUUGGUCGGCGGCGGGCUGGUGGGGCUCCGACUGCCAGACACACGCGCCAAUGUCCUCAUGUAAAACCUCAACUCGGAACAGUUUGUUGUUUACCAGGUAUUUACUCAGUUUAUAAUGAAUAACCAGUCAUUUAUGGAUUAUGAUUUAUCUGAAAGGACGGUCAUCCUUCUUCGUAUUUAUUAUUUGAUUAACAAAGCCGACAAACUCAAACACAGAACAACAGUUUGUUAUUCUCGAUAUUUCUGAGUAACAUACCUGAUAAACAAAGGAGAAUGAAUGCAGUUUAAUGUGACAAUGAGCUGCAGAUAUAAAGAGUUUGAAGACUACAAUCAGAAUUCAGAAAGGCCGCUGAUCAGAAACAAGUGCGACUGAUCGGCGGCGAUAAAACUCUGUAUAUCAGCAGCUCAUUAUCUACCACGGGCUGUUUCACAUGUGUCAAAGCUGCAAAAGGCUUGGACUGCCGACAACCUUCCCCUUCCAAAACCCGGCUCAGUCUUACUCGCGUUAAAGGAACUUUUUGACAUUUUGGGGGGAAAUAAAGCGAGAACCAGCAGCUGGUUAACUUAGCUUGAAAUCUGGAAGCAAGGCAGUCAACCAAAUCCUUAAGACCUCUUAAGAUCACUUAAUAACACAUUAUAACCUUUGCCUGCAAUCCUUCACAAAAAACAAGCUGUGGUUUGAUGGAGAUUAGUCUAUACAGACUGUUUUUUGUUUGCUUGUAUGGAUUAAACAAAUGUAGCAUAAGUGGCGACCUUAAACAAACUUGCAGUUCCUCAAACGUCCACUUGAGGCUGGCUCCAGAAGUGAGUCAGUCUCCAUAAGUCCCCAUGUCCAAAUGUCCAACUUCACAGCAGAAAUAAACAUGUUUACAGCCUGGUACAAAAAACAGUUUUGGUCUCUGUAGCUAAUUUCCCCGUUCAUGACAACUGUACCGAGGAUAACUGUUUAUAUAAUUCAUCUAUUUAAGUUAUACAGGCUUCGGUUUCCCUCUGUUUCCAGCCUUUAUGCUAAGCUAAAGCUAAGUGGUGUCAAUCUUCUCGUCUAACUCAACAGAAUGUCAAACUAUUCCUUAGAGAAGUCAUUUUGUAACAGUUGUGUUUGUGAUUGAGGUUAUUAAUAUGUACAUAUUUAGUAAUUUAUGUAUGUUAUUUAUCGCUUCACCAGCGUGCUUUUAUGUUUGCAGGCCAGAGAAGUCGAAGGCGUUUUUAACGAGAUCAAUAUUCAUCGGUUGAUGAUGUUCAAGCCUUUUGCUGCAACUUGCAAGAAUGACAAGGCCAUAGAU